UCUGAUCAGUGAUCAAUUUAGAAGAAGAUCAUGGCGAUGCUAUUGGAUGCGUUUGGCGGGAAGCUGGUGGAGAAGCUCACCAAUGUCAUUGAAGAGAAGGCAAUCAUGGUGUUAGGGGUCAAGGAUGAGCUCCAAAGGCUCCGGCGGAGGAUGGAGAGGAUUGCACGUGUGCUCAAGGAUGCCGAGAGGAGAAGGAUCCGAGAUGAGACUGUCAAAUUAUGGGUCGAUGAGCUGAAAGAUUUGAUGUACGAUGCUGAAGACAUCAUUGAUCUUUGCAUGAUACAAGGCACUGGACUCUUGCAAGAUGAUCAUCAUUCUCAGCUGCCUGAGUCAAGCACUACUGCCUCAACAAGGGUACGCUGCUAUAACUUUCCUCUGUUCUCUUGUGUGUGCAGUGUGCCAUUUCGCUAUGAGAUUGCUGAUAAAAUUAAAAGUCUCAAUGAUAGAUUAACUGAGAUAUCUGAGGAUAAGAUUAAGUUUAAGUUCAUGACUUCUUCCAAAUCAAAUGAUGCAAAUGCCAUGAAUGAAGCUUCUUAUCGCCAGAGUUCAUCUUUGCUUGAACCUGACGUUGUGGGUUGGGAUAUCAAAGAUGCUACUAAGAGACUUGUUGAAUUAUUGGUCUCUCCACAUGAACAGAAAUGCUGUCUUUUUGCCAUUGUUGGCAUGGGGGGUAUAGGCAAAACAACGCUCGCACAACAAAUAUAUAACAACCCAAAAAUAAAAGAUGCUUUUGUUUUAUGCUCAUGGAUUUGUGUUUCAAAAUCAUUCACAUCAAGGACUGAUUUGCUAAAAGAAAUCAUAAGAAAGACUGGGGGUGGAUAUGGGGAGUCCACAACAAUCGAUGAGUUACAAAAUAUACUCUGUGAUGUCUUGCAUGGAAAGAGCUUAUUUCUAGUUUUAGAUGAUAUUUGGGAUGAUAACAUUUGGAAUGAUUUAAUUAAAAAUCUGAUCGGAGGAACAACAACAAAAUGUAGAGUCUUGGUCACCACAAGGGAUAGAAACACUAGCGUAAAAAUGGGGGCAAUACAUAUCCACAAUGUCAACAAACUACCUUUAGAUUCUGGUUGGGAAUUGCUAUGCAAAAUAGUUUUCACAAACAAUGAUAAAAGAGAUAUGCAGAGAAUGAAGGAUAUAGGGAUGAAAAUUGUUGAGAAAUGCGAUGGUCUUCCCAUCGCAAUAAAAGCAAUUGCUAGUGUUCUUGUAACAAAAGGCCAAAAUAGAAGAGAAUGGGAGAAUGUGCUUAAUAGCGAUGCCUGGACUAUUACAGGACUCCCAGAAGAGCUUCAAGGAGCACUAUACUUGAGCUAUGAAGCCUUACCUUUGGCUCUUAAACAUUGUUUUCUCUAUUGUGCUCUUUACCCCCGUGGUCGUGAACUUAAAUUAGAAGAUCUUGUUUGUCAAUGGAUUGCAGAAGAUUAUAUUGAAGCAAAGGGAAAUGCAUCAAUGGAGGAUGUUGCGAAAAGCUAUUACAUGGAAUUAAUUUGUAGGAGUUUCUUACAACCUGACCCUGUGUAUGUAGAUAUGUCAAUUUGCACAAUUCAUGAUUUGUUGCGAGCUCUUGCUGAGUUUUUUGUAGGUGGUGAAAGUUUUUCAGGAGAUCCACAGGAAGCACAAAUCACCAAAUCGAAAAAACUACGCCAUUUGACAGUUACAGGUAAUAGAGAAAGUGUGAGCAUUUCACAUUUUGAUUGCCUGAGAAGCUUGCGAUUAUGGACUCCCCCAAGUUUGAACACACAAGUGAUUGGCAACUUUAAACAUUUGCGUUUAUUACUUCUUAAUGGAGACAAGAUUGAGAAUAUCCCUGACAGUAUUGGGGAUUUAGUACACUUGAGGCUUUUGGAUUUGGAGCGUACAUGCAUUCUUAAUCUUCCAGAUUCUCUGGGAAAUCUCAUUAAUUUGCAAUUCUUGUUGCUUAAUGAUUGUAAGUCUUUGCAUAUCCUUCCAAACAGCAUAACUAAUCUACACAAUUUGAGAUGGCUCCGGGUCAGUGAGGCUCCUUUGAAAUAUGUGCCAAAGGGAAUAGGUAAGUUGGGUCAUCUUCAUCAUGUGGAAGGAUUGAUCAUCAGCGAUAGUAUUGGUGAUGAUGGAGAAGAGGGAUGCAACUUAGAAGAGCUACAGAUGCUUGAAAAACUCAAUUACCUUUCUAUAAGAAACUUGGAGAAAUCAAGCAGCAAAAGUGCUUCAGUGCUAUCAAACAAGACUCACCUCAGAGAAUUACAGCUUUGUUGCUCAGCUAAUUACACUGAUGGGGAUAUUCAACAGCAAGAGACUGAUAAGAUUGUGCAAGUCUUUGAUAACCUAUGCCCCCCACCAGGCCUUGAAGAUCUACUGAUUCAAGACUUUUUUGGUGGUCAAUAUCCAAAGUGGAUGUCGUCAUCCACUUCCAUUAAUACUGUUCUUCGGGAAUUGAUUUAUUUGCAAUUAAUUAAUUGCUCAAAUUGCCCUCAUCUUCCCCAGCUUGGCCAACUGCCCCAGCUCAAGUAUCUGAAGAUAGUUGGAGCAACUGCAGUUGUAUCAAUUGGCCCUGAAUUUCUCGGUAAUUAUAAUGGAGAACCUACAGAAAUUGCCUUCCCUAAGCUUGAAUCCCUAAUAUUCAUGAACAUGAGUAAUUGGGAGGAAUGGUCAUUGAUCAGUGGAGAAGAAGAAGACAACGAGCCUGCAUCUAGGAAGCCAUUAAUGUUCUUCCCCCGUCUCAAGAGCAUCUCCAUUAUUGAAUGCCGUAAGCUGAAAGCUCUUCCAAGUGGCUUAAAUCGGGUUAACAUCGCACAGAUGUUCAUCAGAAAAGCUCACAGUCUUUCAAGGGUCUCUCAUCUCCCUUUCUUGAAAGAACUGAUAGUUGCUGAUUGCCCAAUGAUGGAGUGUGUGGAGAAGCUCGAGUCUUUGCAGAGCUUGAUGGUGGUUGAUCAUCGAGUGGACAACACUAUUUUCCCUCAGUGUUUCCUUCUGUGCCUCAUCUUUUACCUCGAACGGAACAACAUUAGUGUCCCUCAGUCACUCAUCUCUUACCUUGAAGAGAUCAACACUAGUCUCCUUCAGUGGCUUAUCUCUUUCCUCCAACAACGUGAAGAAAACCCUCAUGACGAUCUAUUCCAGUUGAAAUUGAAGUGCAGUGCCCAAGCACUAAAGGGAUGUUUGAAAGGGCGUCCACACUGGACGUUAAUCCAGCAAGUACCACGCUUCAUAGGCUUUGCAGGGCACGAACGCAUGUAUAUGAAGUACACCAGAGAACCAUAUUACUAUGAAACCAACAUCACUGAUGAGGAUUAGGUGGAUGAAUUCCUUUGCUUGAAUUAGAUCACCACCGAACAAUGACAUGCGGACAUCCAUUAUUGGAAAAUCAAUAUGUGACUUGAUCAUGACUCAAUUGUAUGAUACUUUGAUGGUUUCAACUUAAUUGAAAUAAUGGGCAAGAGUUAUACGAAGAGGCCUGACAUGUUUUGGGGGGUUUCUUUCCUUCUCCAUGCUUUCUUUAAUUUCCAUGGGACUUGAGCUUGAAUCCACAUCUACUUGACUUGGGAGUAUAUAUGUUACUACUCUGAUGAAGCUCUCUGGAGGAGGAAUGUUCUUGUUUCUUUAGUAUAUGGGCGGAUUUAAUUAUAUGAUGUGCAAUAAUGCAUACAUGCAAGGAUUGGUCCGAUUAAUCAAUUCCUCAACUACAAUUCAAUCUGAUGAAGAGGAUUCUUAGGACAAUUUUAUGUCUGAUUGGUGGCUUAAUCAUGCAGAUAAGAGAGCUGGGAUGAAAUUAACUUCAACUUGUUGAAUGAGAUGUGGACAUGAAUAUCGAAUGGCCUAACUCUAGUGGACAUAUACAACAUCAUGAGAAGUAUCAUGACUCUCAAUUCCACUUCCAUUUGAAUCACAGUGCCCAUUGCACUCUAUCAGUGUUUCUAAGCCUCCAGCAAGUACCUGUUAUGUAGCCUAUGCAGAGGAUGGAAGCAUGUAUUUUAAGUACGCCAAGCAAACAUUUUUCUAUCAAACCAAUCUUGAUGAAAAUAUGGCAAUUGAGAGCUAGGAUGAAGUUAGGCUGAUCAACUUGCUGAAUGAGAUGUGGACAUGUAUAAUGACUGGCUUAACUCUGGUGGACAUAUACAACAAUAUAAGAAGUCUCGUGAGGAUGAAUUCCACUUAUAAGCACUGAAUCAUUGUUUGCAAGGGUGUCCAUACUGAUUGCUCCUCCAGCAAGUGCCCCAUUUUGUAGCCUAUGCAGAGGACGGAAGCAUGUGUUUUAAGUACACUAAGAAACCAUUUUCUUGUCAAACCAUCAUUGUUGAAGAUAUACCAACUAGGCAUGCGGUUUGAGAGUACAAAUUACUUGAGCUGAUGGUUUAUGUGGAGAAAUUCAUGUCCAUUCAGAGUACAAAAAUUAAUCCUUGGUCUUGGUAACAGCUUAAUUUACACCAUGAAUUUAGGACAUUGAUAGACUAACAUGCCAAUUCUUUAAUGAUUGGUUUUCUUCUUUUUUGUUUAUUCUCAACAAAAUGUUAAGAGUAUUUUCUUCUGAGCCAGUUAUAUACAUGCAGAUUGUUAAGUAUUGCAUGUCCAAUAGAAUUUCCAAAAAUACUGUGAAGCUCUCUGGUGGGGAAGUGUUGGUUGUUUCUUUGUAAGUGAUGUGAGAGAGCCUAAUAAUUAAUUCUAAUUUUUUGUUCAUAUGUUCAGAAAACAUAUAAAUCGGUUGCCAAUAAUAUUAAAAAUUAAAUCUGAUAUUGAACAGAGUACUGAUGGAUAUAUAUUCUGUUUGGAAUGGCUCAGCUGAUCCCUUGGUUACAAUCCAAUAUGAUGAAGAGGAUACGUGAGGAUAAUUUUAUGUCUACCUGGUUCCUAAAUUAUGCAGAUGAGGUCUGGGAUGGGUAACUUCAAGUAGUUGAAUGAGAUGCAAGCCUGUAUAAUGACUGGCUGGAGGAAUGGUUGAGAAGCAAGUUCUUUAUGCAAAUAUGCGACUUGAUGACUCGACUGCGUGAUUAGUUUGAGCUUACAAAUCAUAUCCUUUCAACUUUCAACUUGAGAUGAUGGUUUUUGUGGAGGAUUUCGUGACUUGGUUUUUAAAUUUUCUUUGAGUUUCUCUUUUCUGGAGGAAUUAGUACACCAAUUAAUCAAGUCUUUGAUGAAGCUUUUGGGUGCCUCUGAUGUGCUUUUUCAUGAACUGCAUACGGGGACAGAAGCUUGAAGUACAAUAUUGGAGCACCAAAGGAAUGAGAUGAGAAGAUGCAUGACUUGGAUUAAUUGGUGGAUAUGCAGUUCCUUGGCUACAUUUCAAGCCGAUGAAAAUGAAUCCUAUGCUUAAGCACAUAUCAUGGUCAAGACCAAGACACAGCCCUGAUUUUAGCUGACAACAGAACUGAUGAAUGGAGGAUUGAACUGCAGUGUUGAUGUUCAGUUUGGGGUGGACUUUGUAUCAGUUAUGAAACUAUUCUUUUUCAUUUUGAAAUGUGGCCAAGUCAUGGAUCGAAAACCUUGAGCUCUGGUUGGGGGAAAAAAAAGAAAAAGAAAAAUACUAACUCUCAAGUUGUAGUGGUGAGCUAUCGAUGUAACUCUUGCUUUGUUAUGUUUGCUAUUUAUCCAGUAAAUGAUGAUAAUGUUUGUCUUUAUUUGUCUCUAAACUCAAGUGAUGAAUUGCU